AUGGAGUUAGUCUCAACACACCCGGAGGCCCCUCAGAAGGGCACAUUGGCCUUCAACGCAUCCGAGGAAAAGGAGUCAUCAUGGAUGCAGUUACUUUCUAUUGAAACAGGGGGAAUUCAACGGGUAACGGAUGAUGAGCGGCAAGUGAAUACAACCAAGUUUUGGAACGCGUGCACUUUCUGGUUGAGUGCAAAUAUGGCCAUUGCGACGCUCAACACUGGGGUACUUGGUGGCUCUAUGGGCCUGUCCUUCUGGGACAGCUUCAUUGUGAUCCUGAUCGUGAAUCUCUUCAGUGAUCUUCUUCCUGCCUGGACAGCAGCGUUCGGCUUGACGGGGCUGCGCAUGACCACCUUUUCACGAUAUUCCUUCGGAUACUGGGGUAACCUUCUCGUCGUGGUCUUCUCCAUGAUUGCCACGACCGGCUGGAACGCCAUAAACAGCAUCUCCGGCGCCGUGGUGCUCAACGCCGUCUCGGAUGGAAAAUGCCCAACCUGGGCUGGCGUCAUCAUUAUCUGCAUGGCCGUCUGGCUGAUCUGCCUCCUCGGUAUUACUUGGAUUCACCACUUGGACAGCAUCAUUUGGAUCCCGAUGCUGGUCGUCUGGUGUGUUGCUGCAGGAACCGGUGCAAAGCACUUCACCACUGCAGACGUAAAAAAGUUCGCUACGUACGAGGACCAUGCAGCUGCAAUUCUGUCUUUUAUGGCUGUCAUCUUCUCCUUCUCCAUCUCGUGGGUCAACUGUGCUGCGGACUACAAUGUGCGCAUGCCGGUGGAUACGCCACGAUGGAAAAUUUUCGGAGCCACGUACGUGGGAAUAUUCGUGCCAUCGGUACUCGUACAGAGUCUUGGAGCUGCACUGUACACUGGCACUAUCAGUGGGGUUGGAUGGCAGCCAGCAUAUCAUAAGGCCGGCGUGGGUGGACUCUUAAAGAUGGCGUUGGAGCCCGCUGGCGGGUUCGGCAAGUUCCUUAUGGUUUUGGGAGCGCUGAGCGCUGUUCCGAACAAUAUCCCAAACAACUACUCAUUCGCUCUGCAUGCGCAGAACUUCGGUCCUUGGGCGCUCCGCAUCCCACGUAUUAUUCUUGUUACCCUAGGAUUUAUCGCCGCGGUUAUAGUUGGCUGCUGUGCCGCCGUCUACUUCCAUGACACAUUGCAGACCUUCUUGAGUGUCAUCGGCUACUGGACCGUUAUCCACAUCACUGUUGUAGCGAUAGAACAUGUCUUUUUUCGCCAUAGCUUAGCUGGCUAUGAUCUGGAUGCUUGGGACAACCCGGGGAGGCUGCCGUUUGGGUGGGCGGCUAUCGGGUCUUUCCUGGGAGGGUUCGUGGGCGCUGCGUUGGGGAUGAAGGUUGCGUGGUAUGUUGGACCGGUGGCGGGGAUUGUUGGGAGCGGUGCGAAUUUGGGACAUGAGUUGACUUUUGGGAUAUGUGCUGUGAUGUUUACGGGGCUGAGGUGGUUGGAGAGGAGAUGUAGUGGGAGAUGAGAUCCGGUCUUAUAUUGAGGGAUUGGUGGCAGCGUUCCAAUUAGUCUUCUUCUAGCUGGCUCAGAUGCGAUUGCGAAUUGCACACACCGGAUAACUCAGUGCUGGCAGACCCUGUUUUCUUCCUUUCCCUCCCCAUAUCAGUAUUUCAUAAGUAUUUCAUAGGAUAAUCUACUAAUAAAUUAUUAUUGCAUGAGACUGUCACACAAUGCAUUGUUCUUAUUUCACGAGCACGAUAAUAGAUCUUGAGGAAGAGCAAGUGAGAAUGUUAUACUUAUUGGAACGAAUCGCAUACCUGGGAUGAAUUAAAGCCAUAGCAUUACCACAUCAUUUGGGUUUGAAU